AUAAAUAAAAUCAUAAUGUCAGAUAAAAGUAUUUUCGGUUACACAGUUCCAGUAAGUAGUUUGAAGAUAGCAAAUAUUUGCAAGAAAUAUACUAUGAACAAGGUUGUUGUAAUAUGUUUUGUCGUAGCAUUGGCUUUGGGGCUUUCUACUGCAGAAGACUUAGAUUUGGUAAUUACGCCGAGGAACAAGUCUGUCACCGCCGUGUUUCAACCAUUAGAAGAUGUUCGUGAAUAUAGAGUGGAAAUUUAUAAACAGGGAUCUGCAAGACUUCGCAAUUCCAGUCGUCUAACGGAAUUCGAUUUGAUCGAUGAUCUGUACCAUGAAGUCAAAUUUGACAAUUUAUCAGCUGCCACUGAAUAUGAUAUAAUCGUAUCUGACAUGGAAUAUGGACGCACGGUUACUGCUUCGUUUUUCACAGACUGUGAAAGCGAGUUUUUGCAAUGUGCGGUUGCAGUGGAAAACGGAAAGGACGUGUUGGGUUGUGUCCCAAACUUCAAGGUGUGUGAUGGGUUUGAGGAUUGCAUCGAUGGCAGCGACGAGGAAAUCGUAGACGGAAAAUGUCUACACGUCGACGAAGGAGAAUCCCCAUGUGCAACGGAAUUUCUAAACGCUUUGGGCAACAACAAAGAUCUCCCAGAUUGUGAUCCAAGGGGUGAAUACUCACCGCUGCAAUGUACUGAUAACGUUGGCGAAUGCGAAUGUGUUGAUGCUAGAACAGGACGAAAAUUGCUUGAAGAAAUUGGGCCACUUGAUUCACAUUUUCACGCCAGAUGUAUUUUGGAACGACGCCGUCGGGAACGAACAACAAUUUUUAUUCAACGGAAUAACACGAGAAUAAAUGACAAAGUCGUUCCGAUUCUGUCUUCUCCCACACCUAGAAACAACGAUCCAACCAUCUCUCCCGGAUUGGAAAAAUACCAGGAUGCAACCGUUCUUCCUGGAUUGGAAAAAUACCAGGAUUCAACAGAUCCUCCUAAAUUGGGAAAAUACAACGAUCCAACGGUUCUUCCUGAAUUGGAAAAAUACCAGGAUGCAACGGUUCCUCCUGAAUUGAAAAAAUACAACGAUCCAACUGUUCCUUCUGGAUUGGAAAAACACAACGAUCAAACGUUACCUCCUGAAUUGAAAAAAUAUGACGAGUAAAAAUGACGAUGGCAGAAUAGAGAACUAAUUAUAACCGGAAGAUCUUUUUCGAAUAUGUCUAGCGCAAAUCGUUAAUACCAAAGAAGAAACAGAAAGAAGUUUACAAACGCACUUCAUCCCGACGUUUCAGUGGCGAAAGCUUGUUGUAGCUAUUCCCUUUUUUAAAAUAUCUCUGGGCUCCAUGGAAUUCGUUUUUCGUUCGAAGUUUUGUGUGAU